CAACAACUUUGGUUUCCAUAGCAACGGUACCAGUGUUAUCCCUGACAACCUCUCAAUCUGCUGAUGCGGCAAUUUGUAGCUACAUAUUUUACAUACAGUUUCUUCAUAGUAAAUUUAUUGUGAUAACAAUUAUACGAACAUCACUACAAAAUGCCGCCGAAAGGAGGGAAAGGAGGAGGCAAAAAAGCACCAGCAAUCGUAAUCGAUGGAGUAGAUACUUCGGAAAUGACGAGAGAAAAACUAGAACAGUUCACAUUGAGAGUUAAGGAAGAACUGGACAAAGAGAGAGAAGAGAGGAAUUACUUUCAAUUAGAGAGGGAUAAAAUAAGAACUUUUUGGGAAAUAACCCGCCAACAACUCGAAGAAGCAAAAGCAGAAUUAAGGAAUAGGGAGAGAGCCACUGAAGAGGCUCAAGAAGAGAAUGAAGCGCUUCUAGAAACAGAAAAACAAAAAAUAAAACAUCUUAAAUACGAACAGCAGGCUGCAGCUGCUGCCUUGAGAGCAGAAAAUCUGGUAGCUCUGAAAGCAGCCAAAGAAGAACACACUGAACAAGAACUAGAAUUACUAAACGACAAAAGGUCACUUCGACAAGAGAUGAGGGAAAAAAUGCUAGCGGCUCAAGAUGAAUUACGAAGGGCGAAACUCGUACACGCCGAAGAACUCUCUAAAGUGAGAGCUGAGUUCGAAGAAAGAGCUCGUCAAAUCGAAGAUAAGGCCUGUAAGAAACUCCAUGAAACAAAAGUGGAACUCACGGUGAAACAUAGAACUGAGGUUGCUGAAGUUGAAGAAAGAAAGAAUAAACAAUUAUCGGAACUAAUCGCACAUCACGAGAGAGCGUUCUCCGAUUUAAAGAACUAUUACAACGACAUCACUUUGAAUAACUUAGGUCUGAUAAGUAGCUUGAAACAACAAAUGGAGGAAAUGCAAAAGGUCAAAGAGCGUGCCGAAAAAAUUGCUAGAGACGCUGUCGCUGAAACAAAAACCCUGCGUGAGCCACUUGAAGCUGCAAUAAUCGACAAUAAGGAGCUAAAACGACAAAUGUCCAACUAUGAUCGCGACAAAGCUGCAUUGGCUGCUAAAACAAAACAACUGGCAUCACUUGAACAACAGUUUGAAGUUCUGAAGUGGGAAUACGAGGUCCUGCAAGUCAGAUUGGACCGAAUAAUAGCAGAAAGGGACGAACUUAAGUCAAGAUUUACAAAGGCUGUACUAGAAGUUCAGCAAAGGGCUGCACUAAAAACAGCACUUUUAGAAGCUAAACUGAAAAAUAUGGAAGGAAGAGAUUUGGGUCCACGAGAAAUGCAUGAUUUAUUGAAACUGAAAGACACGCAGGUUGAAGAUUUGCGUUAUGAAGCAGCACGGUUACGAAAAGCCCAUGACGACCUUCUUGCCACAUAUGAGGCGAAAUUAGCUAAACUGGGUGUCCCUGCUGAAGAACUUGGAUUUAAACCUCUUAAGGCUGUAGCUGUAGCUGGUCUUUCGCCUGUUCUUGGACAAGGUCCGGCUGGUCUCGUCGUCAAAGAACUUAUAUAAACAACCUUGAAAACUAUUUAUUUUUAUAAAAUUUAAAAUACAAUGAUUUAUAUUCUGUUACAUUUUUAUUAAAAAUAUUAAUUACUACACAAAUAUAUUUUAAGAAGUUUUUGUAUAAACUAAAUAAAUUAUUAGAUUUCUUUAUAACGAGUUAUAAUUAUUUUAUUGUCAUUUGUUAUCGACGCGGUCAUUUAAUUAAGCCAAAUUAGGUAAAUGGAGUUUCCUCAUAAACUACAAUUGCUUGCCACCAGUUUUAUUUGAGCUUCCUUUUUAAUUUGCCUUGUUUUUGCUAU